UUCUCAGAAUCAUCAAUAACAGAAUAAUUCUAUUGACAUAGCGACCAGUUAUAAGUUUAAUUCUUACAAAUAAUGAAGUUCUUUUUUAUUCUGAUCUUAGUGCUUAAAAAUUUUUAUGUUUCUUUGAUUUCUUGUUCUGAAAUGAGUAUUUUAAAAUGGGAUCAAAAGAUUAAUAAUUUCGUCCUGAUCAUGAACAAAUCUGAUCCUCAAGAAGUUGAAGAGAGAAAUAGUAGAGUUUUACAAUCUCGAUUGUUGGAAAUGCAUAAUUUUCAAAAAGCACCUGUUAGAAUAGGAUAUUUUGAGGAAAAACCAAUAAUGGUAACGUAUGAUAAUGGCACGAAAAUCACUGGAAUUGUAGGAGAAAUAUGGAACACCUUAUCAGACCACUUGAAUUUUACGCUUGUACUGGUUAAAAGUGAAACGGAAAUUUUUUCCAAACUAAGGGGAGAUGUUGUAGAUGGUGUAUUGGGCAUACUUAUCAAUAAUAGUACCGACAUUAUUCCUAAUGCAUUAAUGUUACGACCAGGUUCGUCGAUAAUGACUUCUAUAUCACCGUAUUGGGAUGAUACCACAAGGAUGUUUAUCCGUUCAGAAUAUUCUUCAAACAAAUCAUGGUUACUCAAAAUAUUUUCGUUCAAUGUACUGUUAUUCAUAAUUGUAAUAAUGAUGAUAUUCAGUGCUUUGGGAUUCAUCUUAGAAAAUUUUAGCAAUCGAGCGAAAACUCAAAAAAAGGUUACUGGGAUUCAAGACCAUAUAUUUUAUACAUUCGCUGCAUUUUGCUCUCAAGGUUCAUUCCAAAAACAGCACAAUGAUUAUAAAAUAUUUGAGUUUUCCCGGAGAAUUUUUACUUGGUUUCUUUUACUCACUGUUAGCUCACAUUUGAUUUCAUUGAUGACAAAUACUGAAGUGAAACCACCAUUCCUCCACUUGGAUAGCCUUCUGUUGCGAACUAAAUAUAAAAUAUUACUUCUUGAAGGAUCGCUAAUUGACCAUAAAUUUCAGUCGAUUGUGAUAAAACUCAUCCAGCUUAACGUAUUUAGAAUAUUUCAGCCACGUAUACUCUACAUGAAGUCAAAGGCAGAAAUGUAUAAAAAUAUCUGUUAUAGUAAGGAUGGUGAAUACGCAGUCAUCGAAACACUCGCCAAACGAUAUUCUAAAGAAAUGAAAAUGUGCAAAUUAGAACCCACUGGUCGCGCUGUUGAAAAAUCGUGGGCUGCGGCUAUUAUUGCAAUUGGCUUUAAAUAUAAACGUUCUUUUGAUAUUGGGAUUAUAAGAUUACGUGAAGUUGGAAUUUUAUCAAGAUCGAAAAGAUACUUAACCCGCACAGAUCACGAAAUCUUAGACUCACAUCCAACGAUCAUCGAAUUUCAACAUGUCUAUGGGUUAUUUAUUAUUUUAUUAUUGGGGAGCUCUGUUUCAGUUAUUAUUCUUAUAGGUGAAAAUAUUUUUUUUUGGUGCUAUCAACGAAAAAAAAAUCUUAAAUUAAAGCAAUCGAUAAGGAAAAAACGUUUCAAGAAGUUACGAAGGAAGGAUGGAAUCAAAAAAGAAACUAUAAGUCACAAAAUAAAUUGUUAGUAAGUUUGCCUAAUAAAUAUAAAUGUAAUUGUACGUCUCAAAACAUGAAGCGUUUAAGUUUGGUAUAACUCUUAACUUGUCAAGGU